CACACUUCCGGGUAAGGUCCGUGGCGCCUAUGACUGAGUGUAUGUAAUGCCGUAGACCGUGCAGUAAUCGGAUGCACAGCACAGGAAGAAGCAAUACGUAUAGUUUUGCUAUAUGCUUGUUGAUAGAUCCAUUUAAAAUGAUGAGCAGGAUACAAAUUCACAGCAUUCAAGUUUUCUAUAUUUCAGUUUCUUUAUAAAUAAGCAUACAUUCAUGUUAGGUUAUACACUUUUCAGAAAUAUAAUAUGGACAAGCUUGAAGGUUACUACUUCUCUGCCCUGUUUAGCGGCUGCUUUUUGCUCUCCAGUUUACUAUUCUCCAAAAUCACCCGUGAACAGAGGGAUCCUUACAUGGAUGAGAUCUUUCACAUCCCCCAAGCACAACUUUAUUGCCAAGGCCACUUUAACCAGUGGGAUCCAAUGAUCACAACCCUUCCUGGCUUAUAUCUAGCAUCUGUUGGCAUGGUCAAACCAGCUUCUUGGCUCUUUGGAUGGAGCAAAAAUGUAGCUUGCUCCUCUGGGAUGCUGCGGUUCGUUAACCUUCUUUUCAGCUUAGGCAAUUUAUACAUGCUCUAUUUAAUUCUUUGCAAGAUAAACUGCAAAAACAAGGUUUCAAGCAUCAAAAAAAUCUUGUCCACCCUGACUUUAUAUGUUUUUCCAACUCUCUAUUUUUUCACAUUUCUCUACUAUACAGAUGCUGGAUCUACCUUUUUUGUUCUCUUUGCAUACUUAAUGUGUCUGUAUGGGAACCAUAAAAGUGCAGGUCUCUUGGGUCUGUGUGCUUUCUUUUUUCGCCAGACAAACAUCAUAUGGAUUAUAUUCUGUGCUGGAAAUGUCAUUUCAGAAAAACUAACAGAAGCAUGGAAAACUCACCUCAAGAAACGAGAUGAAAAGCCUUCUGCCAGGGUAUCAUUUUCUGAAGCAGUGCAAGCUUUAGUGUUUCUUUUCCAGUACUGCUUGUCUGUGAGGAAUAUAUUCAUGCUUGUCCAACUAACAUGGCCAUAUAUUGCUUUAGUUCUUGGGUUUUUUGCUUUUCUGGCAUUCAAUGGUGGAAUAGUUGUUGGAGAUAAAACAAGCCACGAGGCCUGCUUAAAUUUCCCGCAGCUUUUCUAUUUCCUUUCUUUUACACUUGUUUUUUCAUUUUCUCAUCUCUUUUGCCCUCAAAAGCUGAAGGACUUCAUUAAAUCUGUUUGGAAGCGACCUCUGAUUUAUAUGGCAUUAGCUGGCAUCUCCGUCAUUCUAAUUUGGAAAUUCACCCAUAUCCAUAAAUAUUUGCUAGCAGAUAACCGACACUACACAUUCUAUGUAUGGAGAAAAAUCUUUCAGCGACAUGAGAUGGUAAAACACUUGUUGGUUCCAGGCUAUCUCUUUGCUGCAUGGAGUUUUGCAGACAGUCUCAAGGGCAAGUCCGUUUUCUGGUUACUAAUGUUUUACUCCUGUUUGCUGGCUGCCGUGGUCCCUCAGAAAUUGCUGGAGUUUCGUUAUUUUAUUGUGCCGUACCUCAUCUUUAGGCUAAACAUUCCUGUCCCUUCAGUAUCUAAGAUUCUCUUAGAGCUAGCACUGUAUGUGAUCGUGAACAUAUUUUCAUUUUACUUCUUUUUGCAUAAAACUUUCCAGUGGCCUGAUAGUGAACAAGUUCAGAGAUUUAUGUGGUAAACCGAUGGACCAUUCCUACAACAGAAUUGUAUUGAAAGUUAGGAACUUUCUUUUCACUUCAUUUGACCUGCUGCAUGGUCAGUCCAGGCUGCAUUAAUAAGAUGGACUGGGAAUAGAGGCCUCCAGUGUUUUGUGUAUUUGCAUAAUGCAGUGGCUAAAGAGUCAUUGAAUACUGUUGCUUACUUCCCUUUUCUAUUCAGUUUCAGUUAAAGGAAAUGUAAACCUUUAAAGUAAAUUAAUGUAAAAUUGACCAGAGUGCUAUUCUAAGCACUCUUGCAAUUUUCAUUAGUUAUAGUUUUUUCUAAGAUAUGAAUAAUAAUAGACUAAUAAUAUAAGGAAUUUUGUAACUACAGUGUCAGUUUUCCUGCUUUCUUUUUCCUACUAGCCCUAAAUGUUCUAUUCAAAUCCAUGCAUUUCUUGUCAUUUAAAAUAAUUUCUGCUAAACUGUUGAUUAGGUCACCUUUGAAUUUGGUUAGACUACAUUUUUAUUCUUCAUCUAGUAUAGGUAAAUCUUAAACAACUGGACUUGCUGAGUAAUCAUUGAAGACUUUUCACUACUCAUCCGAACAGCUUCUUCAGUUCUGAAGUUCUCGGCAUAUAAACUCUUCUACUAAUUCUAUCACAAUGGCACAUUGUAACUCUUCAGAGAGGUGACAUCUAAAAUUUAUACACCAGUCCCACACCAGUCAGUUGAACUGAAGAAGCUAAUAUUUAUCAGAAACUGAUAUUUACUUUUCAGGCUGCAGAUUUAUCAAGGGUUAUUUUUUUUGCAAAAUGACAAUUUAAGAUAAGUGAUUUUUUUGUAAAGAACAUAAUUAACUGACAAUUUGUACUCCCGUUUAAAUUAAAAUACAUCUUUUCAUUGUAAAACAAAAAUUACAAUUUUUCCACCGUUAAAGUCAUAUUCAUAUGCCAAACAAAAAAAAAUGUUGUUCCCUGCAAUUCAAUUCAGUUAUUUUGACACAGAUUGCAGCCUUUAGAUUUUUUUAUUAUAGUUAUCUUUUGUACAAAUGCAUCAGACUACAAUAACCAGUCAUUCUGUUAUGUCUGAAUGUUGGGUGGUUAUUAACACUUAUAUGCCGUUACAUUUUUUUAUUCAUGUCCAUGGAUGUAGAAAUUGUAAAUUAGUGAGUAGACCUACGACUGGGGGGGUAAGUAACAGCAUUUUUUUUUUUAAAUAGUAUUUUUAUUGAUUUUGAAAGAUUUAACAUAGGUUUGUUAUACAUGGCAGCAUAGGAUAAUAUAUCGGAAUCAGCAAGGUGAAAGUGUUGCUUUACUUGAGCUACACAUAUAGUUUGACAAAAGUCUGAACAGUAGGUGAAAAAAAACGCUCGAUGUCUCGCCUGCUGUCCUGUCUCUGAGAGGUUUGCCAAAUCCGGUUAGCUUUCACUGAGUCGAGAUGUGGAGUCGUUCUUCUGUGCCAUGUACAUUGAGACGGAAAGGAGGAAAGCAAGAAUAGAGGGAAAGGAGGGAGUGAAGAUAAGAGGAUAAGAGUAGGGGUAGUAUGGGGAAGGGGGGUGAGGUAUUAGAAGGAAAAAUUAAAGUUUUAGAUGGGUGGGGGGGAGGUGACAUUCCUGUCUGGGAGAUCUCCUGAUGUAGAUCAAGGGUUAUUUUAAACUCCUAUGAAUUCGAAAUUGGACCAUUGCAAUUUAUUCUAAAAAUCUAAUUUUUCAAACUCGGGUGAAUAGGAUCGACCUGCAAAUUUGAGUCAAAUUCAAUUCGAGUUUUUUUUUUUCCGUCUAAAAAACCGUGAAUGUUUGGAAGGCUGCAAACAACUCCAAAUUGAUCCCAGGACGUCUUCCAUAGGCUAAAACAGCAAUUAGGCAGGUUUAAUGUGGCGAAUAGACGAAUUCGAAUUCUUAAAGGACCAGUGUAUGAUAAAUUUAAAAAAUCAAAUUUAAAAAAAAACUUGAAUCAAAUUUUUACAAUUCCCUAGUUGAACGUAACAGUUUUGGCCAUAAAAAAAAUCUCAGAAAUUCGAAUUCGAAAAUUAGAAUUUUCAAUUCAACCCUUAAUAAAUCUGCCACUAACUUUUCUUUAGGUGUAGCUGCAGGCCGACGCUGUGCCUGUCAGCUAAACACAGACACAUACAGGAGCAGGUCCAAUUCCACUUGUCUACAAAACACAGGCGGAGAGAAGCAGGGCAUGCGCUUAGUGUGACUUUGGCCUAAGUAAUUUAGAUCUCUGUUUAACUGCACCAAGUUUUAUGUGUUAUAUGUAGCAGAGUAUUAUAAUAUCAUGGUGCUGUUCUGAGAAAUUAUUUGAAGCAAAAACAUGAAAGAACCAGUGUAAUUACAGUGUUGUUAGCUUGAGUCAUGGCAGUACUGAGCUCUAGAGUAAUGCACAACUUGGAAGUUUUUGCUGUAUGAGUGGAAUCUAUUAUCAGAAAUGUAUGCUCCUGUUUUGCAUAAUAUGGAAGCAUACCGUCUGACUACUAAAAAGUAUUUAAAAAAAACUGUCUAUCAUUGAUUUACAACUGUAUAAAACUGAGCAAUGUUUAACUUAUUUGCCAAAUAAAUGUAACUACACAUGGAAACAAUAUUCCUAAGUGAUGUAUCAAAAAAUCCCAGGUGUUCAAUAUACAUCUAUGUGAUAUAUAAAAACUUGAUAAAUGGAGGAUUGUGCAAAGUGAAAUAAGCAAGAUAAAGAGAAGAUGAUUAGCUACUAAUAAUUCCUGUACACAGAUGGCACAGAAGUCUCAAAACUGACACUGUAUAAAACACCAAUAGAAACGGGCACUAACUUCUACUACAGAUCCACAAAAAAAUUAUAUAAAUAAACUUAAAAUCCACCUAGUCAAUAAAUCACAGUGUUAUACUGCAACAUGUACAAUUCUAUAAAAACAACAGUCAUUAUCCUGGAGUUCUCUGCAAAUCUGUAUAUAAAUGUAAUUGAUGCUGAAUCAGUGGAUGUACUUAAAUAUAAAUAAAUCAAAAAACAGGGGUCGCCUUUAUAAGUCAUAAAUUCAUAUAUUCAGCACCACUACUUAAUUCACCUGUACAGAAAAAAUAAACGAAAAUAAAUUCUUGUUAAUUCUUCUUAAUAAUUCUGUUGUGUAAUGAGUUAUGAUAAAGGUAUCCAGUGAGUGCAAUCACAGCAUCUUAAUAUGUAAAUGAAGACUUUUAUAAUCUAGAGUUAAAGUAUGUUGGUUCUCCACUAUAGAAUCCUGAAAGUCCUGAAGGUGUACUUUUAUGGUAGCUGCAUUUCCCUUAACACACAACUGCAGCUGUGGAGUGUGGUCACUUCUACUAUAAGGCAAAAAAAAGCUUGGAUUUAUUACCUCGAUGCUGCAAAAAGCCAGAAUCCAAAAAUCCGCCAUCUUCCUCCUAUCGAGGUCAUAAAUAAGUCAAUGGCAGAUGCCCCUAUCCCAAUUUGAAGAUAUUGUGGUUUGCGUUGGGUUUAGCUUGAUAAUCUGAAAAAAAUCUGACUUAUUAGAGUUAUUUCAUUAAUAAAUAAGGCAAAAUCGGUGAUGGGAGUUUGGUCAAUAUUUUUUUAGUUAAAUUAUGAGAUAAAUUCUGAUUUUAGUAAAUAACUCAGUGUAUUUUUUCUUUAAACACUAGAAUCUUUGCUUCCUUCCUGCACUUCUCAUCCAGUUUGUUGUGCCUUUUUAUUCUGUUCACACCUCAUCCAUUCAGGUCUGCAUCCUCCCUCCUAAAUACCUCUUGGCAUUUAAGUAUUAAACAUUUUUCCAGUCCAAAACAGGGAAAAUAAUUAAAAGAAGCACAGGAAGCAAUCCUAUAGCAUUCUAAACUGAGGCAAUCAUUGCCCAUGCAACUACAUAAAAGAUAACUUUUUGCACUUCAAUGAGACCGGCUGCAUUUAUGGUUAUGUAAGGUGUUAUGUGACGUUUUUGGAUGUGAUAGAACAUGUUCCGUGUUAGGUUACUUAAAUUCCUAGAAUAAUAGGGGCCACAAGAUGGCAGACUUUAACUGUCUUUGUACUGGUGAUAUUCCUUUGAAUGGUGGAAUUAUUCUUUUUAUGUCAAUUAUUGGUGAUAAAUUCCUAUUUUUCAUUUUACUCUGUCAACUGUUAAAACAUACAAAUAUAUAUUUUUAAAUAAAAUCUUUAUUUUCA